AUGAACUACCUCAAAUCCAUCACAACGUCUGUCCUCCAGUCGACAGGAGUCACAUUCCCCUUCUCCAUUGGCGAGCGUAUACCGGGAUUAGACAGCUCCAGCUCAAUAUGGGAGAUCAGAGAAGGUGUCAAGAGAGAUGACGGAACACCUUUAACAUUGUUCAUCUACGAUUCGACGUUACCACCUUUUCAACCUGGCAACAAAGAUCGAAAGACAUUAUUCCAACUGGCAAGGAAUGCUCUGAAGAAGCUCAGGACGAUACGCCAUCCUGACGUAGUCAAAUACAUCGAUUCGGUUGAAACUGAAACGCACAUAUAUAUCGCUACCGAGCGUGUAAGACCUUUGGAAGGUGUGCUGAGAGACUGGGAGACGGGAGGUGCGCUAGCUGGUAAAGGGAAAGGGAAAGGGAAAGAAGAGUGGAUAGGCUGGGGUGUGAAGAGUGUAUCAACGGCUUUGGCAUUCCUCAACGCACCACCUCUAUCUCAACAUCAUGCCUACCUGCUACCCUCAACAAUCUUUGUGACGCCAUCUCUAGAAUGGAGAUUAGGUGGAUUCGACCUGUUGACUGGUCGAGAGGAUCAAGCAGGAGUGUUAUGGGCUUUGGGAGGUGUAGCUCCUGGCGACGUCGGAGAGCGGUCUGGGCCGGAAGUGAAGAAAGGUGGAUGGGGAGUCUUGAGGGAUACCGAUCCAGCAUUAUCAGAUACCUAUCUUCUGGCUUUACUACUCUUCACAUUAUACAACCCUUUAUCACCUUUACCUUCUCUCUCCUCCGCACCCACACCAUCAUUAGCAGGCUCAAUACCUAAAUCGUUAUUCCCAAUAUGGAAGAAAAUGCUAAAUCCCAAUCCUCGAACCCGAUUAUCGACGGCUUCUUUCCUUGACGAAGCAGCUCAAAGUGGAUUCUGGUCGUCGAAUGCUCUGAUCAGCUUAGUAGAUGGGUUGGAUAACUUCGAAUUGAAGAGUGAAUCUGAAAAAUUAGGCUUGUUGAGAAAUAUCAAAGAGUCCGCAAGUUCUGGUACAUUACCUUCACCGUUCGUUACCAACAAGAUCUUACCAUCGUUGUUACAUUCAUUAUCCCUUCCUACUGCACCGAGCUCUGCGAUGUUACCCCUAGUCCUCGAGUUGGGUAAAUUGGUCUCACCUGCGGAGUACCCAAAAUUAGUAUUGGAGCCUGUGGUGAAGCUGUAUACCAGCCCAGAUAGAGGUACAAGGAUGGCAUUGUUAGAUGGUCUUAAUGAAUAUGCAGAUAAAUUGGAUAAUAAGAUGGUACAGGAGAAAGUUUGGCCAAAUUUGAUAACUGGUUUCGCCGAUACUGUACCCGUCAUCAGAGAAGCUACAGUCAAAGCUGUAUUCCCGUUAUCUAGCAAGCUAUCUGAUAGAAUAUUGAACAAUGACCUUCUGCGACUUUUGGCAAAGAUGCAGAUGGAUACAGAACCUUCUAUACGUACCAACACGUGUAUCUUACUAGGUAGACUGGCACCGAUCUUAGGACCGAAUACCAAGAAAAAGGUUUUAGUACCUGCUUUUGCAAGAAGUUUGAAAGAUCCUUUCGUUCAUGCCAGAGUAGCUGGUUUGAUGGCUCUCAUGGCGACUGUCGAUUGUUUCGAUAGAGAUGAUUUGGCGGGGAAGGUCGUGCCGAACAUGGCGUUCACUCUGGUUGAUAAGGAGAAGUUGGUACGUGACCAGGCGUUCAAAGCGAUGAACAUGUUCAUGGCUCGUAUAACGGAGAUGGUCAAAACGAUGCCCGAUACAGUACUAUCAGAAGAGAAAUCAUCCGCAUCAUACGGUCCAGUUACUACCACAUCAUCCACCACCACAACCAACCAAGCCGGUUUAGCCAAUUCAGCAGCUGGUGCAGCCGGUGCAUUAGCAGGAUGGGCAAUCUCAUCCCUGUCCAAGCAACUUUCCACACCAGACAUGAACUCUACCAUGUCAGCUGCGACAGCACUACAUGUCCCUUCGGGACUCAGUCCCAAUCCAUCCCCUAUGAACUCACCUAGGAUCAGUUCCGAUUCCAAUGCUGUAUCAGCGUUCGGAUCGACCUCACCUUCUGUUCCCGGACCUUCUUCUGGUAAAUUCGCCACAGGGGUUAAUGACGGAAGAAGGGGAUCAGCAGGUGGAUCAGGAUUGAAACUUGGAGGUAGUGGGAAUGCUAGAAAGACAGGUGGUGCCGGAGCAGGACCAGGACCAAGUUCUUUGGUGGAUAUGGUAGCAUCUGAGUGGGAUGAUAACGACGGUGGUAAUGCUUGGGGCAAUGAUGAUUUGAUUGAUGUCAAUGCGGAUGAAGAUGAUUGGUCCGCAUUCGAAUCAGCUCCUAUACCAGAGAUAGUUGUUCCCCCACCUCAAUCAUAUUACGUCACAUCUCCCAAACAACCUUCAUCUAAUGGUGUAAACACGAAUACGAAUAAACCAAUUCAGAAAAUCGUUUCUUCAAAUUCACCUAAACCAUCUCCCGUAGCUGCUUUCGCGGCAACUACCAAAUCCAAACCAAAUUCGGCCGUAUCACCUGCGAUGUCAAGUACGACGAAUGAUGAUUGGGGUGAGAUACCUGAUAAUGAUAAUAACUCAUCAUCCAGUCCUCAGAAAGUCGCUUCACCCACUCCUCAGGCUCAAGCUCAGAGUCUAGCGGGAAUGAGUAAAGAGGAUAAAGAUAAAGAGAUGGCUAGACGUAGAGCAGAGAGAGCAGCUAGAAUCGCAGCUAUGAAAGAACAAAAGAAAGGCAAGGCAUAA